GCAGCUCUGCGCUCAUGACACCGCCUGGAGGAGCCUGGAGCUCGCGUCACCAUGGAAGCGCUCAGUUUGCGACAUGUAUUCGCCAUUUUGCUGCCUCGGUGUGUGCAUGUGCAUGUGUAUGUGUGUGUGUGAGAGUGUGUGAGAGAGUGUGUGUGUGUGCGAGAAUACCCCUGUAGCCUCCAAACAUCCAACACUCCAGAUUAACCAGCUUUAAAGAAAACAACCGAGGAGGGGAAGAACGUCUGCACUCACAGGAGUGUAGCUGCCGCAGCACGACAUGGACAUUUUGUUUUGGACGUAACAUUAGAUAGUAUCGUCGAGCGACACCGACCGAAGAGGAGCCAAGAGGAAGAAAUGCAAGCUUGACAAACAUCCCAACACCAACCACUCAGGAUGAAAGCACGAAGUAAACAGGAGGAAUAUUAUUAUUCUCCUAACAGGAUCGCAGCAGUGCUCGUUUCUUUGGCUUCUCAGAUUUGAUCAUAUCCAUCAAGACCAUCAAUAAUGAUACCCGGAUUGAUCUCCCAGGAGUUACAGGAGCAACUUCUGGACCUGAAGAAUUACCAGAAUCGCACGAAUGGGGUGGAAGAGCUCAAACGCAUCCUCUCAGACGUGGACAUGAAAUCAGUCCCGUCUGGCAGUAUUGAGGAGUUCAUCAAUUUUCUCCCGAGGCUUCUGGAUGACAGUAAUUUUAAAGUAUUGUAUGGCACAUUACAAGUUUUAAACGUACUCAUUCAGAAGCUGGAUACAGGCGUAGAUAAAUAUUUCAAACUGAUCGUUUUAGUGGCUUUGAAGGCCUUAGGGGACACUCGCACCGUCACCAGAAAUGAAUACAUGAAUGUGUUUUGCCAGCUGAUGAAAACCGUUGCGCCGCAACAAAUAUUGGACCUUGUCGUUGGCAACUUAAAGCACAAGAAUUCAAGGGUUCGGGAAGAUGUCCUUAACAUCAUUAUGGCAGCUAUGCUCACUCAUCCUAGGAAAGAUUUCAACAUCCCCAAGCUUUGUUUUGAGGUUGCACCAUACCUGGCAGACAGCAAAAGGAAGGUCCGCCACGCCACCCUUGAGCUGUUUGCUGUUUUUGACCAUUGCCUUGACACAGGGAAAAAGCAGCCCCUGAUGAAAGCUGUGGACAUGGUUGAACUCAACGAGGAUGCAGAGGGUCUUAUGGCAGCUGUACAGGCAAGACGAGCGAGGCACGUCCUACCGAAACUCUCCUCAGAAGGGACAGUGGAGUAUGGCUUGGUGGUGCCCAAACCAGGACAGCGGGGCUCCCUACAGAACGGUUCUGGAGCUGAUCUCGACUGGGUGAUGAACGGAGGGCGGAUAAGCAGCGCCAGGAGCCACAGAACUGAACCGGACAGCGACCGAUUGUACGGCUAUGGCAGCUUAGGCUCCCUUACUGAUGACCUGCCACUUCAAAGGAGGAUUGUCAGCGCGGGCAAAGGGAAGAAUAAACUACCCUGGGAGAUUUCAAGCUUCUCACCCACUGAGAACGACCAGCAAUGCAAUACUCCCAAUGGAAAGUGCUCUGAACAGGUGGCCAGUGAGGAUUUCCUUCCCCUGUCCAGGAAGCUGAGUCCAGAGACCUACAUACCUAGUUUCAGUUCUGCAGAGCCUCCGAAGCCACAGUCCUCCAGGAGAAGGGCAUCCCCUGCACGCCUCAGAAGAAGUGGAAGUCUCAACUUAGACCCUGACAUCUUUAAAACCACCAACUUCUCUGAUCCAGAUAUUGUGACACCCAAGGGCCGCAUGCUUUCAAGGAACCCCAGUGUAGAGCGCACGUUUUCCCUCCCUUCAAACCCCACCACAUCUGGCUCCUUCCUGCUGCCCUCUUAUCCACUGGCUAUGCUCCCAGGAGGCAUGCUUACUCCAACACUGUCUCGGCGUCAUGUAGAUUCGUCCCUCUCUAUGUCCAACACCUGGCCCAACAAGAGAGAGAACAGCCCUCACCAGCAGGACACCAGCCCCUGGAGUGACCCAACAGGCGCAGCAAAGGGAGACAGUGUCUCCAGCAGAUGCUCUCCCCGGCCUCUUCGUGCGUCCCUCGUGAGUUCUUCUUCCACUUCAUCAUUCCGCCGGGCUCUGAGCAGCACCAGGACAACUCUAUCUAUAUCACCGGUUGUCCCUACAGCAGAGCAGUUCCAGUCUCAUAACGACCUGAGGUCCAAUGCUCCAGGCAGCCCUCAGAAUCAGCAGCUUGAAAAGGACCUUAAUCUGGACCCUGAUAGCAUCAGUGCAGUGCAAGAUUCUCAAGAGGAUGAUCCUCUGGACAUGCAGGAGAUGCUGAACUCACUGCGCUCACUGCGUAACAGUGCUGCCAAGAAGAGGGCUAAAGUGAGCCUUAGCAAUUCAGAUCCAGACAGCCCUGACUCAGCUUUGAGACUGGAUCUGGGUCUGGACUCACCAUCACACACCUCUCCGAUGCUUACCACCUCAGCCAGCGAGAGCGGGCUUUCCAGCCUGAGCUCAGUCGUCAACUCCAGCUUCAAUGGCAUCAAAACCAGCCCGGGAAACUCAGCCUCUUCAGGAAUGAAACCUCGCAUUGCAAGAGUGCCUUCUGCAAAACUGAGGUCUUCCGUGUCCAUGGACUUUAGCAGCCUUCAAGGAUUGUCUCAGAGAAACGAGCUGUCGUCUGAGGUGGGUGUCGUUGGCCAGAGAGUCACUUACUCCAACGGAACAAUCAAAACUGAAGAAGAGACGUCAGGACCGUCACCUCCACUGGUCAAACCAGCCUUCCGUGAAUCAGUCAGAGCACUGAAGCCUGCCAAAGGGUCGCAGAGCCACAGCAGCAGGAACUCACCAGCCACAGAUAUGCCCGAAGGAGUCAUUGGAAGAGGCAUGUUUGGCACUGCAGUCUCCUCCGGCCAUCCAGGAGUCGCCUUGUCACUUGAGCAGGGUGAUCCUGUGGCCAAACCCCCCACUGAUCUCUCAGCAGGCAUCUACAACCGCGGUCUGUCUGGCAGUCAGCGAGACAGUGAUGACAGCCCGCGCUCAGAUGAGGUUAAGCAGAGGGUGAAGAAUGCGAGGUUUGGCCGGGAUAAGAUGCGGCCUCAGUAUCUGGAUCAGCAAGAGGGGCAGUUCAGCCAAGGGGACCACACACGAGACAAAAUCCGCCACAGAGUCAGACAAAUGCUGUCUGACUCACCCACAGAGGAGAAUAGAGCAUUAAUCAUCAAAGAUCUGCAUUUGAACGGCAGCAUGCUGACUUCCACCAAAGCAGACCUUCUCUCUGAUGAGUCCCCUAUCAGCCCCAACAGUCCUGUCAGCCCACCAGGACCCCAGAGCCCCACCAAGUGCUUCACUCCACCCCACCAACCGAGUCCCCCCACGGUGCCACCCAACCCCAAAAACACGUCCCGCCUUAGGAGGGCCCCUAGCCUUGGAAGAACUCGACCAUCGCUGUCCCACAGCUCAGAUGAGCUGUCCCCUGGUAGUACGGGCCACAAGAAAAACCUCUCUGAGCCUCUAGAGCUGUGUCCGUUUUCCAAGCCCGACCUGGCACUGACGCAGAGUUUUAAUCUGCUGAGCUCUGAUGACUGGGAGAAGAAGAUCGAGGGGCUGACGUUCCUGCGCAGUCUGGCUCACUUCCACUCAGACACACUCCAGGGAAGGCUUCACGAUGUCUGCCUGUCUCUCAUUCAAGAGGUGAAGAACCUGCGGUCAGGUGUGUCCAGGGUUGCAGUGUGUACGCUGGGCGACUUGUACACCCACCUGCAGAAAGCAAUGGAUCAGGAACUGGAGGGGACAGUUAAAGCUUUACUGCAGAAGGCCGGGGAGUGUAACGCCUUCAUUAGGCAGGAUGUGGAUGCCGCACUGGACUGCAUGGUGCAGCACUGCACACCCACACGUGGCAUCAAUGCUUUACUAUCUGGAGGACUCAGUCACCUGAACGCAGUGGUGAGAAAAUGCACUGCCCAGCAUCUGGCUAAUCUGGUCGAGAAGGUUGGUGCUGUCCGUCUUCUGUCUGGAGGUAAGGACCUCAACGACAGAAUCUUGCCUGCCGUCACCAAACUCGCACAAGACUCCUCACAGGAAGCCAGGUACUUUGGGCGUCGAAUGCUGCUGUCUCUGUCAUCCCACCCUGACUUUGACAAGAUUCUGGAGAAAUAUAUCCCCACUAAAGACCUGCCGACUGUCAAAGACACUGUCUUCACCCUCAAGACAAAGGGUCUUGGUGAAAUGCCCCAAGACACCCAGUCAGCCAGGGGUAGACGCUCCCUCCCAGGCAGUGGUACAGUCAGGGCCUCAUCUCUCACCAGAGAGCCACUCAACCAGACAAACAGGGAGUCUAACAGCCACUACAGCUGCAGAUCUCAGACACAGAGUAUUGCAGACAAGACCGAAUACAUCAAGCAGAUCUCAGGUCUGCUGGGUUCAAAGGACUUCAGAGAGAGGAUCAAAGGAAUUGACCAGCUAGUUGCUGACUGCCAGCACAUCCCCAACAUGGUUAUAAAUAGUAUAUUCCCGGUGUUUGAUGCCUUUAAGGCCAGGCUGCAGGAGUCCAACAGCAAGGUCAACCUGUAUGCCCUUGAAUCUCUACAGAAAAUCAUCCACUUGUUGAAGGACAACCUGUCCCAAGUGGUGAACAUCCUGGUCCCAGCGAUCGUGGACAAUCACCUCAACUCCAAGAACAACGCCAUCUACGCUGCUGCUAUCGGAGCUAUUAAUGCACUUAUCUUAAAUCUUGAUAACAUACUACUUCUUCAGCCUUUCUGCACCAAGGCUCAGUUUUUAAACGGCAAAGCAAAGGUGGACCUUAUAGAAAAAGUUGCAGAUCUCGUGACGGAGCUCUACCCUCGCAAGUCCCAGAUGGUGGAGCAGAAAGUGCUGCCCUUGCUGUGGCACCUCCUGGGCACAUCUACCCACAGCGGCACCAUUCAUGGCCGGGGCGGCAGCGUGAGGGGUGCUACCGCCAACCUGUGCCAAGCCCUUUACGCCCAGAUGGGGCCCAGCCUGAUUGACUGUGCUGCCUGCCAGCCUGCCAAUGUCCACAAAAGUUUAAACGAGGUCCUGAGGACCUUGUCCUAAAGGUAAAACAGAGUCCAAACACAUCAAACGUUGGAAAAGAAGAACAUUUUAACACUGACCUUACUUGAAGCCAGAGAUGUUCUACAUUUCUUAUAGUGCCUGCACUUUUAUAUCAAUAAAGAGAAAGUCCUUGAAAGUUAGGAGCUCUUAUUCUUAUCUCAGUGAGAUUUCCUCUGGUACAGACGUACGGACAAUUGACAUCAGGUCUUACACAUACUCAACCUGCUCUCUUUGCACUUUGAAAAGGUAGCUCAUUAUCAUGAUCGACUUCAUGAGUUUAAUUUUACCAUCCCAUGAUUGCUUUUUUUUUUUUUCAUCUAAACAUGUACUGUAGACAAAUCAGAGACACUAUUACAGAAUGUAAAACUGAAAUGCACAAAAAGAAGACGAGAAGGAGGAGGAGGAGUACAGGGAUCUGAAAGGUGUAUAUUUUUGCUGUUUCAUCAAAUGUAUUGUGAUAUUUUUAAAAAUGUCUGUAGUUGUUUUGAAAAGUUGUGAAUUGAGAUUAACAAGAAUAGUACAAAAUACUUUUGUACAGCUCAAAUGUGUAUUUGCACAGUAUUAGCUUAAUCUGUAAUGGUAUGCUGUAUGAUGGUACAGUUUAUAAUUUAUCUAUUGUGUAACGGUUUAAAAAGUCCUGUUAAUGAUGUGCUGAGUUGGUAUCGUCUGUCUUUUUUUUCCCUCUUUUUUGCAUGACCAAAAUUUACUGGCAGGAUCAAAAUUGUGUAUAUUUUUGUAAAGGAGAUAUAUAUGUACACUGAUGCCUAGAUCAAUGUCGGGUUUGCACCAAUUCUCCCGGAUGAG